CUUUUUAAAAAUCUCAAAUUUAUAGCGCCAUUAGCCACAGCUCAUCUCUCUCAUUCAAAAACCCUAUAGCAAAAACCUCUCGCCGGUUUCCGAUUCCUUUAUCGUCGGCGAUGGCGGUCGUUUCCAAGCCGCCGGCGAGCUUCGCCGUCACCCCGCACAAGCUCUCCAUUUGCAUAUUGGUUCAAGUUUACGCGCCGCCUUCUCAAAUUUCCAUCCCCUUCCCUUUCUCCUCAGUUUCGCAGCACAAUCGUCUCGGAAUUUUCCUCAGAUCCCUCACCAAGGACUGUGGUGGCAUUUUCGAGCCUACGUUGGAUGAGUUGAUUGCUCAGCUGAAGGAGAUUGGUGGCUUGCUCAAUCACUGGUUGAGUGACCACUUAAUGAGGAGGCUCUCGUCGCUGGCCUCACCGGAUGACUUGUUUAAUUUAUUUGCUGAUUUAAGAGGGAUCAUUGGGGGCUCGGACUCUAAUGUUAUGGAUGAUGAUCAAAUUAUGCUGGAUCCUAACAGUAUCAUUGGCAUGUUUAUACGACGUUGCUUGCUUACCUUUAAUCAGAUGUCAUUCGAGGGUAUUUGCCAUCUCUUAACAAGUAUAGGGUCAUAUUGCAAGGAAUCCUUCUCAGGGUACCCACCACCUUACGAGUCAUCACAUAUGGAUGAGUCCACUAGUUAUCCAAAUGCCCCAUCAGAAUAUGAGAAUAUGGACAUGGAGAAUUUUUACGAGAAAUCUCGUGAAGACUUUGAAGAAAGUAAAACGGAGAUUGGAAGAAUCCCUUUCUACGGACAGUCAUCAAAGACAUAUUCUGAAUUUAGUGAUGAUUGUGGUAUCUCUUCGAGCCACAGGCUGGAACAUAUCGAUAAGAAUGCAGAAGUUAAGUCUUGUGUAUUGUCUUUAACUGAUAUGUCAAGGGAUAUUGGCUCUGUUAGUGGGACUUUCCUGCACACAAAUUGGCAGGUACAAGGUUACCUAUCAGAGCAAGCCAAUGUUAUUGAAAAGUAAGUGUUUUUUAUUUUA